CGAAAGGACAAGCGGAGGAGCCGGGGAGCCCGGAGGCUGUGCCCGGAGCGCCCUGCGCUGCGUCUGUCGCGUUGGGGAGUGCCACCACCCCUGAAAUUCGGAUAAGGAAGGCGGGACAGCUGCCCGUGUGUUUUACUUCAGCCCGGGCUGGGAGGAAUUUUCUCUUUCACACUUUGCUGAUGUUCCGUCCUGCUACCCUGGGUUGACCAGCCUCGAUCACAGUGCUAGAGACCUGAAGCAAGGAUCCUGACCGAUGCAUACUCAGUACAGCCUGACUUCUUGAGGAGAACAAGCAUUUUUCUGGAAGCUUGUCCCCUCAAAGCAGCACACAGGACAAGCUCUGAUAGAAGGAGAUACAUGGGACACACAGACAAUUAAACACUGGAAGAGACACUGUGCUUCAAGUCCCAAGAUUAGUAAAGGAGGAAUUGGACAAAGGACCCUGAAGACCAUGGAGGGAGACUGUCUGAGCUGCAUGAAAUACUUGAUGUUUCUUUUCAAUUUCUUUAUAUUUCUGGGAGGAGCAUGCCUGCUGGGACUCGGAAUCUGGGUCAUUGUGGAUCCCACGGGUUUUCGAGAGAUAGUGGCUGCCAACCCCCUGCUCUUCACGGGAGCGUACAUCAUGCUGGCCAUGGGAGCAAUGCUCUUCCUGCUGGGCUUCCUUGGCUGCUGUGGUGCCAUCCGUGAGAACAAAUGCCUCCUGCUAUUUUUCUUCAUGUUUAUUUUGUUAAUCUUCCUGGCGGAGCUUUCAGCUGCAAUCCUGGCUUUUAUAUUCAGAGAAAAUCUGACCAGAGAGUUUUUCACCAAGGAGCUGAAGAAGCAUUACCAGAGGAACAACGACACGGACGUCUUCUCUUCCACCUGGAACUCUGUUAUGAUCACAUUUGCCUGCUGUGGAGUGAAUGGACCAGAAGAUUUUGAAGCUAUUCCUCACCUUCCACACUCCUCUUCAGAAAAUGCGAUACCGGAGGCUUGUUGCCAGCGAGAGCUCCAGAGCCGGGAAGGGAUGUUUGUCAACAAGGAAGAUUGUCUAAAAGGCAAUGAGAGGUUUCAGAACCGGCAGGGCUGCUACACCGUGAUCCUGAACUCCUUUGAGACGUACGUGUACCUGGCAGGAGCUCUUGCCAUCGGAGUGCUGGCUAUUGAGCUGUUUGCCAUGAUCUUUGCUAUGUGUCUCUUUCGAGGCAUCCAGUAAGAAGUGGCCCAUGAACCACCACGUUCCCCACGUGCUCAGAAGGAAGAAGGAAAACCCGAAGAAACAAAACCUGAAAACACCCAAAAAACUUUAUUUUUUUAACAAAACGGGACAGGGAGAAAAAAUAAAAAGAAAAAAAAGAGGGUUGUAAUAUAUGAAUGACCAAAAGGAUUGUACUUCAGGGGCUGGAACUUUGAGGUGAUGUGCACUACACUGUACACCGGACCCUUGCCCAGAGCCACCCGCAGCAGCCAUGGAGCAGGAGCCCAGCGCAGCCGAUUGCACUAGAGACGGAUGGAGCUGGUGGGGUGUGCAGCAGGAUGAGCACAGCUGCCUCUCACACCAGGCUGAGCCUACCAUUCGCCACUUUAUCGUGCUUUAGACAACAAAGGACUCAAGAACAGACAUUCAGGGGCUGCAUAAGGCACCAGGUUGGCCUUGACUCUCCUUGAGGUGGGUUUGAAACAAGCAGUAGUGGCUUGUCCAAGCAGGUGUAGUCAACGUUUGCGUGAUUCUGGCUUUAAUUUCCAACCACAGGAUGAAAAUGCUCAUUCUUCAGUGGCAGCUUUGCCCCUGUCGUGUGAAACUUGUCAGAGAUGUCAAGCACUUCAGUGAGGCUGGCUUUUCUCUGGGACUCCAAGCAGGGGCAGCGUGAUCUAACUUAGCAAUGGGACUCAGCUAAGGCUGGCUGAGGGUCAAGAGUUUGGUGCCUACCUUUCUGUUUUUACUAAGAUUUAUUGUUCAUUGUUGUGAAAGAGACCAAAUGGUUCCCUGCUGUGUUCCCAUCUCCUGGGAAAAAUAAUGACUCUGGUCAAGCAUCAUUGAUACUGCUGCCUUCCUGAGAAGGGAGGGAUAUAAUAUUUAAAUCUUGUCAGCCUUUGCCUUUCCUCUGAUGCUUGCAAAAAAAUGGUUUGUGGUGCUCUGCUAGCAUAAAUAUUUGCAGUGGUUCCUGCAUGCUUUUCCAGCCCUAAGGGGAAGUCCAGACACGGUGCUGGAUUGAAGAGGCUGAAGUUUGUCAACCACUCCCAUGCUGUUUUCCCGGACCAGUCUGGUGGAAUCAUUUCUGGUCAGGGAAUUUCCCCUGCGAUUCUCCUAUGGGCUCAUGAUGAAAGUAAUCAUCAAGUCAGAAUUGUUUUAGUUGAUAGUGUUUCCUCCCUUGGGACAGUUUGGUAUUUAACUAACAUGGUCAUCUGCUCAAUUAUUUGGAAGUGAACUUGAGAAAAAUGCCUGGGACUGGACCUUGGUCAGAGAUUACGCUGGAGAUACUGAGACCCCAGGCAGGAUCCAAGAACACCCUGUAUGCAGCCAAACUUCUGCAGCUGUUGCUCCUAUGGUUGUGGCUAUUGACUUGGACAGGUGACUGGUUUCUCUCAUCUGGAAUCAUCAAUCUCUGUUGCCUUAAUUUUUCAUCUGGUCACUUAUUCCCUGACCCCAAACUCAUUUUACUUGGGGAAUGACAGAAGGGACUGUGGUUUCUUGUUUAGAUCAGGUCUUUUUAUAGAUUUUAUAGGCUCAGAUUAUGGGAGCACUUUUAUAUAGGCUCAAGCCAGCUCCUCUAAAAGCUGUAAUCUCUGGCAAGGAAGGAGCAGAGCAUUAAACUUUGUGCCCAGGUUUUGCAGCAGCACCAUGUUCAUCCUCUGGCUCUUCCCUUAGACCCCUGGGGCUGCGUCCCUUGAGCUCUCCCAGUGACACUGCACAGGCUAAAAGGCAAGGAAGGGAAGCAGCAGAAAGCCUGGGCCACAACAGACAAAGAUCAUGACUAAGUAUCUAAGUUGGGGAAUCAGGAUACUAGGGAACAGGAAGGAAGCAUUAGAAGCUUUUCCAAGCUUCAUUUGAGAAAAACAAUUUAUUCAUUAGUGGGAGAGAGCUGGGCAGGUAGAGCUGCAGCCCCCCCAUGCUGCAGUCAGCAUUUUCCAGCUGAGCAGCAUCAGAUGUUGCAUUAAACCUUGUGGGAAGCUGUUCUGAACUAUUUCCCUCCGGAUCUCCUUGUAAUGAAGCAUUUUAGCAUUAAACUCUGGUGUGUUGCUUAAUAAAGAAAAACAGUUUUGUUAGCCAAAACCCAGCAGUAUUUGUACUGGACAGCAGGUGCUGCACUUCAAAAAAAUCUGUUCCAUCUACCAGUCUUGUAGGGAAUGGGCUGAGCAGAAAGCAAGCUUAUCUGUUCUCCUUCUGCUUCAAGAGCUGGUGUUAGUGACUGUUCUGGGAGAGCAAUUCCCAGGGAAGGAACAAAACUGUCAGCAGAGUUGGUAAUUUGGCUGGAGGUGAUCGAAAGAAGUAGAACUGCCUCCCCAGUCUCCAGUUUCUUCCUUUCCCCUCAGUUUAUUAUGCAGAGUUCUCAGGUCAGAGCCUGUCUGGCAAAUAUCCUCCUUUGUGCGUGGUGGGUGGCUGAAGGGGAAAAAAAGCCUUAAAGCCUUUUUCUGCCACCAGUGGUAUAGGGGAAAAAAACCUGUUAGAGCCAGGGGAACUGGACCAAAGCAGCCAGAGCACAAAGUACUAAGUAUAGGUGCCUGAAGUAUGAACUCUGCUGGCUUGUUGCUCUUUGGCUUUCCUAAUUCUGUACUCAUUGCUUUGUCUGUUUUUAGCUUUCUUGCUUUCCUUCUCUCCCUAAUGGUAGUCCCUAUAUCUUCAAAAGGAUCUCUUCUUCAUCUGUUAUUCUGGGCUAUGCACAGCUGUUUCACCUCUUCUACAUUUUCUGAUCCCCCACUGCUCUUUGCUGUGUGAAGAUUUCAAAUCUUCUCUGCAGGCUGGCUCAUGUGCCACUGGGAACACAGCUCAAAAGGCCAGGCAGCAAUUCCAAACAAGAACUGGAGAUAGCUGUAAAGAUAUGUGCAAGUCUGAGAGGAUCUGUAGCAGUUGGUAACAUGCAGAAGGAAUUUUCCUUGGGGGAAUUUAAUGAAAAAGCAAGCCCAGAAAGCAGACUCCUACUGUAUGGCAAAGCAUGUAAAGUUAUUGAUUUUGUCCCUUGGUUUCGUGGCUGCCCCCUCUGUGGUACAGUAGUUUUCAGAACUGUUGGCAGGAGAAGCAAUUGUAUUUUUGUAUUUGUUUAUAACAGCUCUGGUGAGUAUUUUGGGAUCAGGGGCUCAAGCUGAAGUCACUGCUGGCUGAAGAGCUCUGGGCAGGCCAGAGAGCAGAAGGAGCUUCCGUCUCCUUUGCUGUAGCACUGUGACCACGGCCCAAGCACCUUGUAGGGAGUAGUAGAGACCAGCCUGGGCAAGCCCCCAGCCCCUCUCAGCAUCCCUGCCUCCUGGUUGCUAUUUAACGCUCCAAUGACCAUCACAAAUGCCUGGGAAAAGGGCUGCGUGUGAAAUAAUGUUUGAAAUCUAUUUUAAAAAAAAUGUAGAUGUUCUUUUUAUUAGAUAGUGGAGCUAAUUUAUCCUGUAUUCCCUAAUGUAAUGCUUUUUUAUAUUGAAAUUUUUUUUUUUUUUGGUAAUAUAAAACAGAACACAAGCCUGAAGCACUCUCUGCACGGUUUUUGUGUGCAUUUCUUAAAAAAACCCAGAAAAUAAAAGAAAGAUAUUGUGACA